UUAAUAAUUAUUUUUUUAUACAAUUCCUAAUAAUGUUUGAUUCUAAAAAUAUAAUAAUGGGGUUUCUUUAAACAUCAGAUGGCUAAUAAGGUCCAUCCGGGUAAAAUAGUAGUGAAAGGGGUCUAUAAGCAAGAAAUGGUUGAGAAACGCUGCUUCAGACAGAAAACGUAAUACACACACACACACACAUACAUACAUACAUACAUACAUACAUACAUACAUACAUACAUACGUACGUACGUACAUACAUACACGCACACAUACAUACAUACACACACCACACACACAUACAGACACACACACACUCGCACACACAUAAAAGGGAUGGUCGCGACUGAAAUGUCUUUGACCAUGAGACAGCUCAUUCAGGACCGACCUGGGGCUAAACUAACAACAGUAAUAUUAUUACCAAUGCAAAUUUAAACGAGACGAUUAAUCCAAGUAAAAGCUACCGGCUCUUUCUUCUUCAAUCUCACGACAUACAUACAGACAGACGGACGGACAGAAGACAGACUAAAGGAUAAACCAAGAUGGCUUCUCACUUAACAUUUACAAUGACAGACGACCGUUGACAAAUGCUUUGGAUAACGACAACUUCCAGAUUCCAUAAGAAGAACUGGAGAAAAAUUACCGAAUUCUAUAAAUGGAAUCACUUGAUGUUGAAAUGAAAUUUGUAUUCCCUCGCAAAACUUCGGUACAGAUCUCUCUCAGAGAUUUUUUUUUCCUGCAAAUAGAUGUACGUUUGUUGUUUUUACUUUUUAAUGAAAUCUAAAAAUACAAACUUAAACAGAGAAUAGCUUACAUAAAUAUAUCUAUGAGUUGGGAUGUACAUAAAUAUACAUUAAGACUUAAACUUAAUAAACAGCGCACACAUACACCACACAAACACACGUACAUACACUACACACACACACGAACAGAGUUACCUGUUUACCUUUAGUUUCCUCUCUGUCUACUUCUCUCUUUCUCUUUCUCUCUGGAUACAGAGAGGGGGGGGAAGAGAGAGACAAAUAGAUAGCUAUGUAUUAAAUUUACAACUCCAUCAAUAUACACAUCUAUAAAUAAAAGCGCCGCAUAUACAUACACACAAGGCACAACCACACACAGUUUCCUUUUCUGUAUGGAAGCCAUUGUUGUGAGGUUUCACUGAAGAGUGGAAGAGAAAGAGAUAAGAGCGAGCGAGAGAGAGAGAGAGAGAGAGAGAGACAGAGAGAGAGAGAGAAAGAGAAGGAGAGAGAGAAAGAAAGAAAGAAUUAAAGAAAAUAGAAAGAAGCUCUGUGAAGGACAGACAGACAAACAGACGGGCAGACGUAUUUGAGUGGUAGACUGACAGACAGACAGAAAGCUAGUAAGACUUAAAGACCUGUGUGAAACAGAAUAGCCGUCUGAUUGGCUGUCGGAGUUAACUAGUUGCUGGUGCCUUACAUACGGACAUUACAACAGCCAUGAGUCUACAAGAUUGUUUCUCCAUUGCAGAGUUUAAGGAAGCUUUCUCCUUAUUCGACAAAGAUGGCGACGGUACAAUCACCACGUCAGAGCUGGGCAUCGUCAUGCGUUCGCUAGGACAAAACCCAACAGAAGCCGAAUUGCAGGACAUGAUAAACGAAGUGGACGCUGAUGGAAACGGUACGAUUGACUUUGAAGAAUUCCUACAAAUGAUGGCACGAAAAAUGAAAGAAACGGAUAGCGAGGAAGAACUACGGGAAGCUUUCCGUGUGUUCGACAAGGACGGCAAUGGUUUCAUAAGUGCGGCCGAACUGAGGCACGUAAUGACCAAUCUAGGCGAGAAACUGACCGACGAAGAGGUCGAUGAAAUGAUAAGAGAAGCUGACUUAGACGGAGAUGGAAUGGUAAAUUAUGAAGAAUUCGUUACUAUGAUGACAGCUAAAUAGCCAGCGACUCACGGAAGGAUUGGAAAAGCAUGGACAAUUCUUUUUCUUUUUUUUUUAAUCCUGUGGAUGAAAAUCUUAUAAGAGAUGAUGUAUGUAAGCGAGAAAGAAAGAGAGAAAAAGAAAGAGAGAAAAAGAAAGAGAGAGAGAGUGUUGGGAUGAGAGAAAGACAGACAACAGUGAGAAUCAAAGCAAGAGACAGAAAAAAAAAGAGAGAGAAACAAGAGAGAAAGAGAGGGAGAGAGAGAGAGAGAGAGAGAGAGGGAGAGAGAGAGAGAGAGGGGGGAGAGAAGGGUAAGUGGACUCAAUGACUCUAAUAAUAAAAACCACACCUCAUAUGUGUAUGUACUGAUAUUUGUGCUUUCGUGUAUAUGUAUACGUAUUUAUAUAUAAUUGUGC